AUGUUUAAACGUAACGCAGACCCUCUCGUGCCUUUUUAUCCUGCUUUCCCCUCUGUUCAUUUGGUCAUCGCUGCAUUUAUUAGUUUUCAUCUUGUUAAGUGUGAAAGGAUUAACCCAGAGAGUUGUCUCAUCUGGGGUCCAGGACUUCAGCCUAAUGUAGUUCUGCCUGUACGCUACUUUUUCAUUCAGUCAGUCAAUUUUAAAGGAGAAAAUGUCAGUUCAUCUCCAGGCAAAGACACCUUUAAAGUGAGGAUAACUUCACUGGAGAAGAAGGAGCAUGUCCGCAUCCACGUCCCCGCACCGCUGGACAGAGGAGAUGGAUCCUUCUUAGUGAGGUACCGCCUGUACAACACUGCACCAACAGGCCUUAAAGUUGACAUCUUCCAUCAUGAAACAGCUGUUGCCAAAUCACCCUACAUCAUCCAAGGUCCAGUGUAUCACGAGUACUGUGACUGUCCUGAACCUGACGCCUCCGUCUGGCAGAGCGUCAUGCAGUGUCCAAAUGUUGAGCCUCAGAUUGAGGCGGACUUCCAAUCUUUUCCAACUAUUAACCUACAGCUUCUCAGGGAGCAAGGGCCUAAAAGAUUUGCAAACAGAGGAGGUAUCAUUCACUACGCCAUCAUCAAAAAUCAACUGUUCCGCCAAACAUUGGGAAAAUACACCGACUUCAAGAUGUUCUCUGACGAAAUACUGCUCUCGCUGACAAGGAAGGUGGUGGUGCCUGAUGUCGAGUUUUAUCUCAAUGUUGGUGACUGGCCAUUGGAGACACGGUCGGCAGACGCAAGUCCUAUUCCAGUCUUGUCUUGGUGUGGUUCUACAGACACACGAGAUAUUGUCCUUCCCACCUACGAGGUGACACAUUCCACCCUGGAGACCAUGAGAGGUGUCACCAACGAUCUGCUCUCAAUUCAAGGCAAUACAGGUCCUUCUUGGGCAAACAAAACGGAUCGGGCAUUUUUCCGUGGCCGGGAUAGCAGAGAGGAACGUCUCCAGCUGGUAUCUUUGUCUAAGAAACAUCCGGAGCUUGUGGAUGCUGGCAUCACAGGAUGGUUCUUUUUCAGAGACAGAGAGAAACAUAUUGGCAAGGCACCACUUGUUGGAUUCUUUGAUUAUUUUAAGUUCAAGUACCAAGUAAAUGUGGACGGCACAGUGGCGGCAUAUCGUUUUCCUUACCUCAUGCUCGGAAACAGCCUGGUUCUGAAGCAGGAUUCGCACUACUAUGAACAUUUCUAUAGUAGUCUCCAAGCUGGCAACCACUACGUCCCUUUCAAAAGAAACCUGUCGGACUUGUUAGAAAAAAUCAAAUGGGCCAAAGAGAAUGACGCAGAAGCGCAGAAGAUCGCCGUUAUGGGGCAGGCCGUUACCCGUGAGCUACUGCAGCCCAGCAGACUUUACUGUUACUACUACCAAGUGCUACUGACUUACGCCAAGCGGCAGUCAGGUCAGCCCAGCCGCCAUGCGGACAUGGAGCCAGUGCCUCAAUCUGAUGAUCACACAACCUUGUGCGAUUGCUGGCAUAAGAACCACAAAGGUCAAAAGACUGUCAACGAUGAACUAUGA